AUGUCUUCUUUAGUAUGCUCCACCUUCCACUCAAUCAAUCUUCCUGAUGAGGGAUCUACAAAGGCAUCCGGAAAGCUCAAAAUUUUACCUGAAGAACCAGAAGAUGGCGUUCACUCAAUCCAACCUACCGCCGAAACUUCUCAACGUCAAAGUCGUAGUGGUCCACAAACAGAUCGACCUCCGAUUCAAGGUACGAUCGCUGAACAGGAUGAAGAUGAUGACGAUGAUGACGAUUCAAGUGAAGAUGAAGAUGAAGGUGAAGAACAACGUCUCAAAAUAUCCAAACAACUCGAUCUUGCACGUAUUCCAGAAGGAAGUAUGAGACGUGAUGCAAGACGAAUCACUCGAAAAGGUCGUGCAAGUCUUCCGCGUGUGACGGCUUACAGUACAGCAACAUCAUAUCGUAUGAGAGAAUUAACAAAAUGGCUACAGGCAAGACGGGACACACAUCGAACCAAUGCGAUGACUUUUGAUGAAUGCGUUUACUCGACCUAUUCUUACGAUCUUAUUGACCAAGAUCGAAAUAUGCAGAAUGAUACCUACAGAAAUCAAGCACAGCAUGUCAACGUAACCCAUACAAAGCAUGAUUCAAAUCAUGCAAAGACGGCUGAUCUUUUGGGUAUUCCCGAAUUGAACGAACGAGAGAACGACGCAAAAGAUACAUCAAAGAAUGAACAUAGCGCUGAAUCGACUCAAAUCGCACGUCGUGAAGAAGCAAAAAGACGAAGAAGAGAACGUUUUGCCGUUCAUGGAAUGGUUCCAGAAGUAUUCUUUAUGGAAUACGGAACGGUUGUCAUUUGGGGUAUGACAAUAAACGAAGAAAAGAGACUUUUACGAGAAUUACGUAAAUUUGAAGUGGAAAAAUUGGCACAUGAAGAUAUCGAAAGUGAAGAUCUGAAUUGGUAUUUGGCUGAUUAUAGUCGUAUCUAUAAUGAUGUUAUCACAUUGCGAAAAGGAUCAAGUUAUAUGACAAAGUUGUCUUUAUCCCAUGCACUUGCACAAUCUACCAAGAUUAGUUUCUUUGAAGGUGUGAUCGACAAUACCAUCGAUACAACAAAGGAUAUUCCACAGAGUAUCGCCGAAAGUGGAAAGAUUGGUUUGCCUCCUGUGGAUAUUAUGAAACAGAUUGGACAUCUUUUCAUCUUACGUAUGAACAUUCAUCUUGUCGGGUCGAUCGUCGAUUCACCAGAGAUUUUCUGGGCUCAACCGGAUCUUGAACCUCUUUAUUCGGCCGCACGAAGUUAUCUUGAAAUUCCACAACGGAUCGAAUUGCUAAAUGCACGCGUGGAAGUUUUACAGGAUAUGUUGCAAUUACUCAAAGAUCAAGUCACCUCGAGUCAUUCUGAAUGGCUUGAAAUUAUCGUUAUCAUCUUGAUUUUGUUGGAAAUCAUUUUAGGUGUAGCAACAAUGGUUGUCGAUUUGUAUUUCGCUUAA